CCUGACCAUGACGACCCACUUCUCGUACCUCGACCCUCGUCUCCAGCAGGAGCUGAAGAGGACGGCUGAGGAGAUUGUCUCUCCGGGAAAGGGCAUCCUGGCCUGUGAUGAGGGGAACGACGCUAUCGGUAAACAUUUGGAAGGAGUUGGCUUGAAGAAUACCGACGAGAAUAGGAGGAAAUACCGACAGCUCCUCUUCACUACUAAGGGUCUCUCCUCGCACAUAUCUGCUAUCAUCCUGCACGAUACCACAGUCUACCAGAAGGCGGAUGACGGGACUCCAUUCCCCGAGCUGCUGCGCCGGAGCGGCAUCAUCCCCGGGGUCAAGGUGGACAGGGACGUGGUGCCACUGUUCUUGUCUGAGGAUGAGGUUACUACGCAAGGCCUCGACAACUUGGCACAAACCUGCGCCAAGUUCAAGAAGCUGGGCUGCCAGUUCGCCAAGUGGCGUGCUCCGCUCAAGAUCGGGCUCCACACCCCAUCACCCCGGGCCAUCCGGGACACUGCCACGGUGCUGGCGAGGUAUGCCGCUGUAUGCCAGAGCGAAGGGUUGGUGCCGAUUGUGGAGCCUGAUGUGCUGAUUGAUGGUAGUCACGGCAUCGGAAGGACCCAGAAGGUGACAGAAGUAGUCCUAGCAGCCGUCUACAAAGCACUGAGCGAUCAUCACGUUUAUUUGGAAGGCACUCUGUUGAAACCCAAUAUGGUGACUUCCGGCCAAGCCUGCCCGAUAAAGAGUAGUCCAGCGGAAGUUGGUCUGGCGACAGUCACUGCCUUCAGGCGGACCAUCCCUGCUGCUGUACCGGGCAUCGUGUUCCUCUCCGGAGGGCAGUCCGAGGAGGAUGCAACACUGAACCUGAACGCCAUCAACCAGGCCUCCCUCCGCGCCCCCCUCCGUGCCCCCUGGGUCCUGAGCUUCAGCUUCGGCCGCGCGAUGCAGCAGUCUGUCUGGAGCGCCUGGGCUGGGAAAGAUGCUAAUGUACAGAAGGCGCAGAUGGAACUGUUGAAGCGGGCUAAGGUAUUUUAGA